UUUUUGGCUGUUGCUUUGACUAAGGUAGGGCAGAGGUAGUGGUGGGAUUUUGGAAUCCAUCCCCGUCCGGGCCAGCAACCCCCGCCGUUUAGCCAUCACAAUCACAUCACGCUUCAACCCAAUCAUCUGGUUAUUGUUUAAGUGUUCUUCAAACCCCCCAUGAAAUCCCACAAGUGAAUCGGAUUUGAUUCAAGAGCAGGCAGUGCAGUUGUCCGUCGUUUGUCGUUUCGCGAUAUUCGGUUCGGGCACCAACAAAAAGUCAUGGAUAACCAGGACAACAAAAAUGGCGACUUGACCGCCACGGAGCUGGCCAACUUUCAGUUCUACAUGGAGAAGUGGUUCCUGCCGCCACUGGAUCUCAAGAAUGAUAUUGUUUAUUGCCAGCGGGCGAUGCGUGACUUUGUCAAGGUGCAUUCGCUGGUUUCGGAGGUGUUCUCGCAGCAGGAGGAUGCGGAUCCCGUGGCCAUGCGUCGCAUCUUGGACGAACUGGAGCAGGAGAUUUACGAGAUAAAUGCCGAGUGCCAGUACCAAAUGCUGCGCCUCGAUGAAGAGGUCGACGUUUUCCUCAAGAAACUGGAGGAGAUCCAAAUCAGAACCGACAUUAAUGAGGCCAAUGCGUACGUCUCCACGCUGUUAGUGCCUUUAAUUGCGAACGAAGACUAUAUAAUCAUUCCCCAGAAUGUGGCUAAUCGCGACAACGAGGAGACGCUCAUUCGCAAGCAUUUUCUCCUGUCGCAAGAGGGAGAGGAUCCACCCAUGAAUCUAAGCGAUCUCGAUGAUAAUAUUGCGCUCAUGCUGGGUCCCACAGACACGACCAUUCAAAUCGAACUGGAAAAUGGUGACACUGAGCAAGCCGAGACGCUGGAAACGUCAGAGGAUCAGGCGAAGCCAACACAGGCACAACCGAGUGUGCCACCAUCCUUACUUCGUUCGUUGCCUGACACUGUGUUCAGAAAAGGGGAGCAGAGCGAGAGCGAGCCCCCGCCGCUUCUAAUCGCCAACAGUACGCUGAAGCCGCAGCGUUCGCUAUUGAUACCAAGAAAGCAGCCAGAUAAAUUUGGCUUGCAACACAAGAAGCGCAUAUCGAGUACCUCACCGCCACCGUUGGCGCCCAUUACGAUUGAGUUUCCUCAGGCUCAGACUGAGGUUCAGGACACAUCGCAGACCGAGCUCUGCUUUGAGCAGAUCGAGGCCAGCCGCGGCAACUUGCGCAAGGUGCUGAAGCGGUCCAGGAAGACCAAGCAAAUGCCGCGCCUGUGCUACGAGGACAACGUGGAGCUGACGAAAAUAGAGACUGAUGUAAAGCGAAAGCCCGGGAAGAUGAGCAACGUUGCCAAAGCUUUACAAAACACUGCAACAUCAUCAUCCGUAGCUGAGAAGCCGGACAAGCAGCCACCAACACCGCCGCCGCUGCCAUCACCACCACUGCCGAAGCGACAGGGCACUGGGGCAGCAAAAAAGUCGUCCAAGCUGCCCAAAACCUUCCGCAAAUCGUCACCAGAGGUGCCGCCCGAGGGAACGGGAGCUAGAGUUUCGCCAUCAGCUUCAUCCGAUGACUCCACCACGCAGGAGUUGCAGCAGGAGCAGCAGCGUCUGUCCGCCUCGGCGGCCCAGUGGCGCGACGAGCCGCGCGAGACACGUGUCACGCCCGCCGAGUACGGCCAGGAGACAUUCCUGCGCAUCUUUGGCCUGUACACGCCCGAGGUGAUUACGAAACUCAGUCAGCGCCACUCGAAGCGCAAACGUCGUAAUGUUCAGAAUGCCAGCGGCGUUGACUUUCACUAUGGCCAGCAAGUGAAUGCCACGCUGGACACGCCGAUGGGUCGCCUAAAGAAGGUGAAGAACAAACCGGAGUUCCUGCUCUCGCCCAAGGAGAAGCGACUGCAGGCCAAGAAGGCCGAUGUCCGCAAGAGCAAGACUCCGGACAAGGCGGCCGCCGUUGAGGCGGCGCAGACUGCCAUGGCUGAUGGCGAGGAGGCUGUCGCUGGCAUUACUGCUGCCAAGUGCCGCAAGUGUCGCGGUGAAUGCCAGCAUUGCCGGCAGUGCAAGCGUCUCGUAGUAGGCAAAGACGACGGAGUUUGCGAGCUGUGUGACGGCGCCUUUCACAAAGACUGCCAUCAGCCCACAAAAAACCGGCUGCUGUUGCAGACACAAAAGAAACGCUGCCCAGCCUGCUGUGAGAAUCUGCUGUCCGCCAGCAGCAGCAACAACAACGCCAACACCUCCAACACCAGCAGCGGCAGCAACAGCAGCGGCAGCAGCAACACUACCAAAAAGUCAGGCGGGGCCCAGACCGUUUAACUUUCUUAUGUCUUCAAAUAUGCUUAACACGAACACACACACACCCCUCUAGUUUUUAAAACUAACAAAUAAUUAUCCACCCGCAACGAUAGAGAUCCCCAGAGGGAGUGAGAAAGAUCCCCAGGUAGCCCUUUGGCCUGGCUCUCGUUGCGAAGCCUUUGCAGUUUUUUGUUUGUUUUAAUGUUGCAUAGCAGUGGACAGCGGCGUCUGUGGCGGCCGCUUGCCGCUUUCGAGAGUGUUUUUUUUUUUUUCGAUAAUUAUUAGACAUACAUAUAAUUUGAUAUUUCUAAAGUUUAUUUCAAGCUACAGUUUCACACAUACCUAAAGCAGAAAUGUAUGUGCAAGCCUGUGCAUACGCGAGAGCAAGUGAUUUACGUAAUAAAAUACACUGUACGAAACAGGCGAAGGACUGUUUUCGAUGUUAAAAAGAAA